UUCCCAAACAGCAACCAAAUAGACUGAGAGCGAGAGAGAGAGAGAGAGAGUUACCACAGGAGAGGCAGAGAGAGAUGGCGCUGAGAGCAGCCCUACUGCGGCACGUGCGAAUUCCGGCACAAACCCUAAACCCAGCCCUAACCCUAACCGGAGGAAAAUGGGGCCCACCUUCUCUCCGGUGGAUGUCAUCGCACGACGAUCAUCUCACCAAAUCCGAGGUCACCGAGAGAGUCCUCUCUGUUGUCAAGAGCUUCCCAAAAGUCGAUCCUUCCACGGUGACUUCUGAUGUACAUUUCCAGAAGGAUUUGGGCUUGGAUAGCUUGGAUAAUGUGGAGAUUGUGAUGGCUCUGGAAGAAGAGUUCAAGCUAGAGAUUCCAGACAAGGAAGCCGAUAAGAUUGACUCUACUAAUCUGGCCAUUGAGUACAUCUACAACCAUCCAAUGGCUGGGUAACUCUCUUUAGCAGCAGCUUUUUUCCUUUACAUGAAUUGUUCAAACGUAUUUUUGUUUUGCUCUUGUGACACUUGUAGAAAUUGAUCACCGUGUUGGUUGAAAAUAAUUUGCAUCUGUCUGAAAAAAGAGUAGUCCUGGAACUAAAUUUUAUCAAUGUCUUUGCAAUGCUUCGAUUGUAAACAAUGACAUCUUCUAUCCAAUCAGCCUGCUGAUUGGUUGUGUUCCUGCUCAAUGCUAUUUUUCAUUACGUGGUUUAGUGUUCU